AGGCUAUACUGUUGUGUUGAGUCAGUGACGAUAAAGAGAUCCACUGGUUAAGGGAAUCACCGUGUCUACCCUAACCCAGGUCAAUCCUAUUCCCAGGCUAACUUGUCAAGGAAGGUUUCCCAGACAAAUGACAACAUCAUCUGACCGCUGAUCAACCGCUCUUUCCCGCCCCAUUCUUGGUCAAUGCGUUUCAGGCUAUGCAUACAUUGAUGCCCACUCAUUCAUGGAAGGCUCAUCUGAUGAGUCUGCCAGCAUUUGCAAGGACUGUGGAGAACGACGCAUGCGAUGACCUGCGUUCUGUCAUGCGACCCGAUGCUUCCGGUGUCCAUCCUAUCAGCGGUGGCUCUGCGACUCCCGCCGUAGCUCGGUGUUUCACGGGACGGAGAACAGAGGUUUUUAUCCUGUACGUGCUGAUAUCAGUUUACUUAUACCACACCUCCCACUACUAGUAAGAGGCUCGACACCACACAACUCACACAACUCCGAGAAACGUGAGGCCGGGGCAA